CAGAGCGUAAAGAGUCAAGGGAAAGCAAAAGAUUUGCAAAAUGUUAGCGCCGGUAAUUGAAAACAAAACCAACCAGAAAGCCCCUAGCAAUCUAAGUUCACUCUGGCCCAGACCAAGUUAGCUUCGUCACAGCCGCAAGGCGAGCUCUGAAUUUCCCAACUCCCCUUCCCCAUUUUUCCUCUUUUGUCAGCUCACGUACCGCGGUCGAAGCUGUUUUGUCCAUACUGCCGGCCCCAACCUCGCUGAUAAUUACUAAAGCGGCUCUGAAAGCUUUCGGCUCACCGAGCAGGAGGAAGAACUCGAAGCGAGCAACAAAGAGAUCAUGGGAAAAUCAGCUUCCAAGCAAUUCGCUGACGAGGUGUUGCGCGCCCACAACGACUACAGGCAGAAGCACGGAGUCCCUUCCUUAAAGCUCUGCAAGAAACUCAACCGGGAUGCUCAACAGUAUGCGGAAGCCUUGGCCAGCACAAAAGUCCUCAAACACAGUCCUGAAUCCAGCAGGGGACAAUACGGUGAAAACCUAGCAUGGGCUUCUUAUGACCAACCAGGAAAGGAAGUAGCUGACAGGUGGUACAAUGAAAUAAAAGAUUACAACUUUCAAAAUCCAGGAUUUACCUCCGGAACAGGCCACUUCACGGCCAUGGUGUGGAAGAGCACGAAGAAGAUGGGCGUCGGGAAGGCCUCCACCUCGGACGGCUCGUCGUUCGUCGUGGCCCGGUACCUGCCCGCCGGAAAUGUCGUCAACCAGGGCUUCUUCGAAGACAACGUCCUGCCGCCGAGGAAGUAACUUCCCCGACCCGAGGGAGUGCGCUGGACUGGAGGGAUUCAGAAGUAAAAUGCAUACAAAACCGAA